UGGUCCUAAAGUAUCCGGAACGUUUCUUUGACGGCAUUUUGAACGGUAGGACUGUAACACAGAUCAUCACACGUGUUCGUGUUUAUGUUCUAUCCGGAGUUUUGUGCUGUCCGGCGGACAUGAGUACGCUACGAGUUUUAGAGUUAUACAGUGGAAUCGGGGGCAUGCAUUUUGCAUUGAAAGAGAGUAGCAUUCCUGCAGAUGUGGUGGCCGCCGUGGACGUCAACACCACAGCCAAUGAGGUCUACAGGCACAACUUCCCCAACAUCCCCCUGUGGUCCAAGACCAUCGAGUGCAUAACAUUGGAUGAUUUCAACAGUCUGGGUUUUGACAUGAUUUUGAUGAGCCCCCCCUGCCAGCCCUUCACCAGAAUCGGGCUGCAGGGUGAUGUGACUGACCCCCGCACAAAGAGCUUCCUCCACAUCCUCCACAUCCUCCCCAGGCUGGCCAAACGUCCCCGGUUUCUGCUGCUCGAGAACGUCAAGGGCUUUGAGACCUCCUCUGCCAGAGACUCCUUGGUAAAGACACUGAAGGAUUGUGGGUACCGUUACCAGGAGUUCCUCCUCUCCCCGACAUGCCUGGGGAUCCCAAAUUCAAGGCUGCGCUACUUCCUCAUCGCCCGGCCACAAGAAGAAUCAUUUUCCUUCCAGAUGACCACAGAGAUUCUGGAGGUAUUCCCAGACGCACAGGCCACCCCCGCCCCCAAAGCCCCCACCUCGCCUGACUUGGCCAACGGGGUGGAGGACGGGUGUCGCGUUCUGUACAAACUGGAGAGGCAAUGUGAUCUGCAAAGGAAGCAUUCCCAGGACAGCGAUGGCUCCGUACGCCUCCUCCGGGAGUUCCUGCAGGAGGAAGCGGAGAUUGGGGACAGAGAGCGGUACCUGCUCCCACCGCGGACCCUGCUGCGCUACGCCCUGGUCUUAGACAUCGUCCAGCCCACCUGCAGGCGGUCUGUCUGCUUCACCAAGGGGUACGGACAUUAUGUGGAAGGCACUGGCUCCGUGCUGCAGAGCUGUACGGACAUUGAGGUGGAAGACGCCUUCAGGUCUUUCGGCACGUUGUCUGUUCAGGAGAAGCUGGGGCAGCUUGCAAAGCUCAAGCUGCGAUACUUCACCCCGCGGGAGAUCGCCAACCUCAUGGGCUUCCCCUCAUACUUCGAUUUCCCCGAGCAGUCGUCACUGAAACAGCGCUAUCGACUCCUGGGGAACAGCCUCAACGUGCACAUUGUGGCCAGGCUCAUCAAGCUGAUGGUGUCGUAGGAGGACGGUCACAACUGGCUCAGAACUGCCAUCGCUGGUGCUGCUGCAGGCGGCCAUUUUGGCUCUGGGCAGAUGUGAAUGUGAUGCCGUGAAAUGGCAGCAGGAGAGCUUCAAGACAGCACGCUUGUAACCAGCUUAUUUUGCUGUCUCAUUGUUAUUAUUAUUGUUGUUCAUAAUUAUUAUUGUUUUUUUAAUGUAAAUUUUCUUAUUGCGAUGAAAUAAAGUAUUUUUGUAA